AUGCCUCCUCUAUCGCGCUCGAACUCAUGCGUCGAUGUAGACUAUACUCUCAGACGGCAAUUCAACAAGUCGACGUUCAGGCCCCAGCAGCGUGAAAUCAUCGCUGCUGCCCUCGACGGCCACGAUGUGUUCGUCCAGGCCGCCACGUCGUUUGGCAAGAGUCUUUGCUUCCAACUCCCUGCAUGCAUUGACCAUGGCAUUACCAUUGUCGUUUCGCCACUGCUCAGUCUCAUGCUUCAUCAGAUGAAUCAGGUUGAAGCGCUGCGAUCGGCAGGAAUCGACGCUAGCUCCUUGAACAGCAAUACGCCGACCGCCGAGAGGGAUCGCAUCAACCAAGAUCUUGCCAGUGGCCACCCGCGCAUUAGGCUGCUCUACGUGACACCGGAGUUGUGUUCGGGCGACUCCUUUCGAAAACGCAUCAAGCUGGUCUACGAACAGUGUGAGUUGGCACGCAUCGCAGUCGACGAAGCCCAUUGCAUCUCGGAAUGGGGACACGAUUUCCGGAAAGACUUCAAGCGGCUGUCGUGGUUUCGAGAGACGUUCCCGACCGUGCCAAUCAUGUGCCUGACGGCAACCGCGAACCCAACAGUUCGCCAAGACUUGCUAAAGACUUUGGGCCUUCUGGAGCAGCCCGGCAGGCUGAAGAGCUUUGUCAUGACUGCCCAUCGGCCCAAUCUUCAUAUUGAGAUCAGAUACACAAAAGACCAAGACGACGACCGCCUGGCUGACUUUCUAGCAUGGAUACGUGGCGUGCACGAGAGGAGGAAAGCAGAACCGCGCAAAGCUGAGCUGGAAGCGGCCGGGGAGCGACUCGACAAUGUGUCUGGCAUCAUCUACACGAUAUCGCGAGACGAGUGCGAGUCGCUCGCGGCGGCGCUCAGAGACGAAGGCGUGGGGGCAAGGCCCUUCCACGCGAAGCUUACCAAAGAGACCAAAGAACAGACCCUGGCUCGCUGGGUGAACAAUGAGCCCGGCUACGAUGUCAUUGUGGCCACCACGGCCUUUGGCAUGGGCAUCGACAAGAACAAUGUCCGUUUUGUUGUGCACUGGCGAUUACCCAAGUCGUUCGAGGGAUACUACCAAGAAGCAGGCCGUGCAGGCCGAGAUGGCAAUGCAAGCUUUUGCUUUCUGUACUACAGCAGGGAAGACCUGCAGCGCGUGCAGAGUAUGAUCAGGAAGGGGAACCGUGAUGGAUCGAACUGGGAGGCACAGGCAAAGAGCCUGCAGAAACUUGCUCUAUACUGUGAAGAUACGACCGCUUGCCGCCAUGCGCAGAUUUGCAAAUAUUUCGGUGAGAGCGAGACACCAAAAUGCGACUUUGCCUGUGAUUGGCACAAGGACGUGCAAGGUCUCCAAAGGCGGAUGAUGCGGGGUCUGGCAGACGAGGAAUGGGUUAGCACGCAGGCCGAGUACGGUCGGUACGAAGGGUACUACGACGAUUGA